AUGGCAGCUGUAUACAAAACCCUGUCGGCGAUGAGCGGCAAUGAAAAGGAAUCUGGCGAGCGCAAAAAUCGUCAACGUGUGCUCAUUUUGAGCUCUCGAGGCGUAACAUACAGACACCGACAUUUGCUGCAGGAUCUGUACUCUUUGAUGCCUCACAGCAGGAAAGAGGCAAAACUUGACACCAAGACCAAGUUGUAUCAACUGAACGAGCUCGCAGAAUUAUACAACUGCAACAAUGUCCUUUUCUUCGAAGCGCGAAAAGGCCAGGAUCUGUACGCCUGGAUGAGCAAGGCACCAAACGGCCCGACCGUCAAGAUGCACCUGCAGAACCUGCACACCAUGGAAGAGCUCAACUUCAUUGGUAACUGCCUCAAGGGAUCACGGCCGGUGCUUUCGUUCGACGCGCAAUUCGAGAAGCAAGCACACACCCGUCUCAUCAAGGAGCUUCUCACCCAGAUCUUCGGCGUACCCAAGACCUCGCGCAAGGUUAAGCCUUUCGUCGAUCACGUGAUGGCAUUCACCCUCGCCGAUGGCAAAAUUUGGGUGCGCGUGUACCAGAUCAAUGAGUCAGAGCCAGGGAAGAAGAAAUCCGUCAAUGGUGAAGAGAUGGACGUAGAUCCCGCGCCCAAGAAGAAGGGCAAGCCGGAAUUCGAUGUGCAACUAGUUGAGAUCGGUCCUCGUUUCGUCCUCACUCCGAUUGUCAUUCAAGAGUCGAGCUUUGGCGGACCCAUCAUAUAUGAGAACAAAGAGUUCGUCUCGCCAAACCAGAUUCGCGCUGACCUCAGACGAGCCAAGGCUGGCAAGUACAACACCCGGACGGAAGCGGCCAGAGACAGCAAGAUCAGACGCGGAGACCUGGGCCUCUUGAGUCACGGUGGGCGGAAGAAGGAGAAGGAUCCAUUGAGCGAUUCAGUGCUCUUUGCGUAA